AUGUGUAGUACAGAUAAUAAAGAUAAACAGCAAUUCAUAAAUCUACCAUUUAUAUUAUUAAAUAAAAUAAUAAACAAUUUAGAUGAAAGUAUAGAUAGAAUCAGUUUCAGUUUAGUUUGUAAAAGAUGGUUUGAUAAUCGUAAUAAAUAUCUUUGUUUCAACAAUGAAACAUUUAUGAGUUCAAGUUCUUUCGAUAUUUAUAAAAACUUUACAUUGAAUUCAUAUAAAGAGUUAUUUCAACUAUCAAUCAAUCAAAGUAUAAAUAAAAAACAUCUUGUACUUAUUGUUGAGAAAGAUGAAAUACAAGAGUACAUUGUUUUUCUGAAGCUUUUUAAAAUUAGACCAAAUUCAGUCGAGAUUGUUCAAACUAGUGGUAUAGAAAUGUUACCUUCCAACAUCAAGCAUAUCAGUGUGGUUGGUAAAUUCUCAUUUAAAGCUCAGAUAUCAUCGGUUUAUACAAAUACAUUCUCAACACUUCAACAUUUAGAAACAUUGGAUCUAUCUAGGGUUUCAUUGAGCAAUAAUGAUAAAAUUGGACCACUUCCAACAAGUUUAAUCAGUAUCUCAAUUCCUGUAAACAGAAAUUUUCAAUUCGAUGAUAUUAUAAACAGUUGUAAUCAUUUACCAAAUUUAAAGUUUAUCGAUUAUGGUUCGUUCAAUAAUGAUGGUAACCAACGAUUAAACAACACAUCGAUCAAAUCAAUCAAAUUGAAUCGAUCAACGAAAUUAACAGAUCAGUCAAUACCUGCAUCAGUGGAAAUAAUAGAUUUCAAUGAUUUUCGAUUAAAAGUAGAACAAAAUGUUUGGCCACCUUCAAUUCAAUCGAUAUCAAUCGACACUGCAUUCAUAGAUGCCAAUGAUAACUUGAUGAACAUUCCAUCAAGCAUUAAAAACAUUACAAUCACCAAUGAACAAUUUACAUUUAACAUCAGAAGAUUAGAUCAACAAUUCAUAUUAUUAUAUGCUAAUAAUAUAUUGAAUAUCGACUCUGCAAUUCUGAAUAUUAAUUGUUUAACAAAUUAUUUAAAAAAUGCAAUUAAAUAA